UAGAACCAUUAUCUUGUAGUUGAAGUAAAUUAUGAAAAAUAAACAUGAUAUUACUAAAGUCAGGCACUAUUUAUUUCAUCAUUAUAUAAAAUUCUGACAACAAAAAUAUUAGCAGCAGCUAAACUAUGUCAACCUCCUGAUAAAGGAAGAUAGCAGCCACAAGAUACUUUCUAGAUAUAUAACAUAUUUGACCGGUUCAACAUGGAUGCCUUUCUAGAUCAUUUUUCAGAUGAAUCAGACUCUGUUGGGAAAGAGGGCAGUCUAGAUUGCUCCUUCAGCAAAGGGGAGGGCAAGGCCAUAAGCUCCAACUCCUGUUGUUGAGUUCAUCUGAUGUCGCUGGCAAAAGUUAAAGACCAGAAGAUAAUUCUCACAGAAUCACUACUAGCAUCCAUCACUGAGGUCAUGUCAUCAGUAGUUGCUGUGGAUGUUGAGCUUGAAAAUUUCAUGGAAUUGGGAAGCUAUCUCCAUCGUACAUCUCCAGCCAUUAUGGAGUUGUGGACGACAGAAAAUGCUCCGCCAAAUGCUACGGAGAUUCUACAGUCUCUAUCCACUAAUGUUGAACAUGCCAAGGGACUUGUUGCCAAAUGCAGCAGUGGAGCUAGAUCAAUUAUGGAUGAUGAGCUCAAAAACAUCAUUGAACAGCUGGAGGGAGUCAUAAAUGAUAUUGGCGAGGCUCUCAGCAAAAUACCACCAUCCACAUUUCAUAACCAUGAAUAUGCUGAAACUGCAAUCCGAUCGCUUUCAAGAGAGAUGAGAAAUGCUAGAUUCCAAGAGAAUGGAAUUCAACAAAGUGAUAUGGUUGAAACCAAGCUAGAGAAUCUGUCAGUGGAAGAGACAGAAAGCAGAGAAGAGAAAAGCUUAGUUCCAAUUUCUAAUGAGGAACCUCGAAGACUCAGUUCUCAAAGAAAUGAAACACCACGGCUAGUAGAUUUCCUUAAAGGUAUGAAUUAUGGUGCACAUGACAAUGACAGCCAAUCAUUCAGCACACUUCCACAAUUGGCAGAAUACAUAGAGCCUCUGUACGAGACCUUCUUCUGUCCAUUAACAAAGAAAAUCAUGGAUGACCCAGUCACAAUCGAGAGCGGUGCAACAUAUGAGAGAAGAGCUAUAGCUGAGUGGUUUGAGAAAUCUAAAGAUGGUUCAGAGGUUUUAGUUUGUCCAACAACUGGGAUGAAACUACACAAUAGAGUUUUAAACACAAACAUAGCAUUGAAGACCACGAUAGCAGAAUGGAAAGAAAGAAAUGAAGCUACCAGAAUUAGAGUAGCUCGAACUGCUUUAUCAUUAGCCACCUCUGAGGCUAUGGUAUUGGAUGCAAUAAGAGAUCUGCAAAUCCUUGCUCAGAAGAGAAGAUACAACAAAAAGCAGAUGCAUAAUGUUGGCAUUACAAAGCUACUUACACUGUUUCUGGAACAUGAGGACCUGAAGGUCAGGUGUGAAGCAUUGGACAUUUUGCGCUUAUUGGUGGAGGAUGAAGAUGGAAAGGUAAUCAUUGCAAAAACGAAAGCCAUUGCAGAAACAAUCAAGAUGCUGUCAAGCAACUACUCCUCAGAGAGGCAUGCAUCUCUUGCAUUCCUGUUAGAACUUUCGAAAUCUGAACUGCUAUUGGAAAACAUUGGAUCUACCGCUGGGUGUAUACUGAUGCUGAUUACAAUGAAAUAUAAUGAGUCUACUGAUGCAUUUGCUGCUGAGAAAGCUGCAGAAACACUAAAGAACAUGGAGAAAUGUCCAAAGAAUAUCAAGCGCAUGGCAGAAAAUGGCCUCUUAGAACCCCUUCUGAACCAUCUUGUUGAUGGCUCAGAAGAGGUGCAGAUGGAGAUGGUAAGCUACCUCGGUGAAUUUGUUCUCGAGCACGACAUGAAAACACGUGUUGCAGAGAGGACCUCGGAGGCCCUGAUCAAAAUGGUCCACAGUGGGAAUAGUUUGAACCGCAAGGCGGCAUUCAAGGCUCUGGUCCAGAUCUCAUCCCACCAACCGAGCAGUAAAACACUCGUCGAUGCUGGCGUGGUGCCAAUAAUGAUUGAGGAGAUGUUCACCCGCAGGAUCUAUAAUGAGCCUAUGGACUCCAAGGAAGAGGCUGCUGCAGUCCUUGCCAACAUACUGGAACGUGGAAUUGACCCUGAGACCCUCCAAGUGAACAAGCAUGGCCACACCAUCACUUCCCACUACUCCAUCUACAAUGUUGCCCACCUGCUCAAGUGUUCCAUGCCUGAUAAGCUCAAUGCGAACCUGAUCAAAAUCCUGCUCUCCCUGACCAAACUCCCAAAGCCUUUUGCUACUGUCGUGUCAGUGAUCAAAGAGACCGAAGUGUGCCACACAGUCAUCGAAUUCCUGAACUCCCCCAUGGAAGAGCUCACCAUCGCCGCUGUGAAACUAUUGACCACACUCUCAACCCACAUGGGCCACACAAUAGCAGAAGGCCUCUGCAAGACUCAGGGCCAGCCGGAGAGUCUCAUCACAAAGUUCGACACCGACCGAAUCACAAAGAAGCAUGCUGUAUCAGUGAAUCUAUUAGCAAACCUCCCACACCAGAAUUUGACACUCAAUCUAGCCCUGCUGGAACAAGACAUAGUUCCUAUAAUCCUGAACAGAAUACGAGACAUCCAAAGAGGCGAAACAAGAGCAACCAGGUAUGCAAGUAUCUACCUUGAGGGCCUUGUGGGCAUUCUGGUUAGGUUCACCGCCACCCUCUAUGAGCCAGAGAUUCUCCACAUGGCUAUAGAGCAGAAUCUGACAUCGGUGUUCACAGACCUACUGGUGAGGACAGCAGGCAGUGAUGAGGUCCAGAGGCUGGCAGCAGUUGGGUUGGAGAAUCUCUCCUCCCAGUCCAUCAGCCUCUCAAAGCCUCCAGAGAUAAUGAGGCUUAAGAAGAAGAGCUUCUUAGCCAAGUGCUUCAGCCUAGGCUCUCAGAAGGAUGGAAAGAUGGGGAAGAGGAUGCGGCUUUGCCCAGUCCACAGGGGGGCUUGCUCUCCAGCCGCCACCUUUUGUCUACUGGAGUCCCAGGCUGUAGAGAGGCUGCUGGGGUGCCUGGACCAUGAGAACCCCAAGGUGGUGGAGGCAGCUCUCUCAGCCAUUUGUACAUUACUGGAUGAGAAGGUGGAUGUGGAGAGGAGUGUGGAGGUGCUGAGUGAGGUGGAUGCAGUGAGGCAUGUGCUGGGGGUGCUGAGGGAUCACAGGGAGGAUGGGGUGUGGCAGAAGUCAUUUUGGGUGAUUGAGAGGUUUCUGACGAGGGGUGGGGACAGGGAUUCCAGUGAUAUUUCCAAUGAUAGGGUGCUGCCCUCUGCACUGGUGAAUGCUUUCCAUAGAGGGGAUAGUAGCACCAAGCAGGUGGCUGAGAACAUACUGAGGCAUUUGAAUAGGAUGCCCCACUUCUCUGAUAAUAUGGUUCUGUGAAUAGAGAAGUGGUUUAAAGUGUCACUCCAAUGUAGAAAUAGAGAAGUGGUUUAAAGCUGUCACUGUUUUGUGCAUAAUAUACUUUGCUUAGGCUUGAGAGGAACAGUUGUGAAAACAGUAAGAUGGUGUUGGCACUCGUGACUCGCUAGUGCAUAAGCUUUAUUAGACUUUAGAUGCCUGUAUUAUGUGCAGAUAUUUUGUAAAAAAGGUAAUCUUUGCAGGCUUUCAGCUUCCAUAAGACCUACCACAAUUUUCAGUUUUUCUGAGAUAGAA